ACUGCCUGCCAGGAUGCUGAGUACGGCGCCCUCCUCCAGGAGCUCUGCCUCGCCCCGUUCAAGGUGGACAUGGAGGCCAUCGGGAAGACCCUGUGGUGCGACUGGGGCAAGACCAUCGAAUUUUAUGUGCUGAACCUUGAGAGAUAUGUCCAUCUCCCACGUGAAGAUGUGGCCAUCACGUGUGACAGCUGAGGCUGCCUGUCCUGUGGCUGUGAUGACACUCUUCUCUGUGUGGUGUGUCCCUCUGUCCCACGUAUUGUGCCUUGUACUGGAUGGCACUGGGCCUGCUGAGACUGCCCCCCGCUCUCCUCCUGUUUGCGUCUGCCUGGCAUCUGGCUGGCUCUCUUCCUACGGUGUGCUUCACUCUGUCUUCCAGGCGACUGCUGUGAACACGAGUUACGGAGAGCUCACAGACUGCACCAGGCAGGUGAUGGAGAAGCUGGGCUGCUUCUGGCCGAACGCGGCGGUGGACAGCUUCUUCGUCACUGUCCACCAGCACUACUUCAGAAGCUGCCCAGUGUCCGGCAGGGCCGUGCGGGACCCGCCCAGCAGCGUCCUCUGCCCCUUCAUUGUGGUGCCCAUCCUGGUGACGCUGCUCGUGACGGCGCUGGUGGUCUGGAGAAGCAAACGCACAGAGGGCAUCGUGUAGGCCGCGGCCUGGGAGCUGCCCACCACACUGCGGUGGCAGGCCAGGCUGGGAGGCUGGGGAGCUGUGGGCCUGGCCUGGCGAUGGCUUCCUGGGCCCUGACAGCAGACAGGCCCCAGUCCCCUCUUCUUCCUGAGAACAGCUAACAGGAUUUCGGAGUGGUGGUGGUGUGGGCAUUCACUUGGGAGCCCCCAGCUGGAGGUGUAGGCCACCCUAGGAAGGGGGCCGGGUGCCAGGAGGGAGCGGGACGGAAGUGUCAUUAUUUCUGGGGCGUGUUCUGCGUUCCGUGUCCUGAUGUGUUUAUAAACCAUGCUCAGCUCUGUUCCCACCUCUGGCCAGACUGUGGGUGAGUGGUUUGUGAUUAAAAGGAUGUCCUUGAA